AUGUUCGAUGACUCGGACGGUGCGUCAUCUGAAGAUGAUAACUUCAGCACAUACGGUGAGUCUCCUAUCGAAGAAGACGAAGAUUCACCAACGCUACCUUCCAAGAAGAGAUAUCAUAACUUCUUGAUGAGCGAAUCUAAAGGGAAUCUGGAGGUUUUGAAGUUGGAGAUGUCGUCGUUAGACCUUGCGGUUGAUGGAUGUACAUGGAGAGUUCGUGCAUCUACCGAAGGAUUGUCUCCGCAGUUUUAUAUUCGUAUUUACGACUCGGAUCAUGCAUGUUCUGUAACUGAGCGUUCUAAUCGAUCUCGAAAUGCAACACCGGAUAUUUUAGGAGAGUUGUACAAGAACUUUCUCGGUGACGUUGGUCCGGCCGUUCGCCCUGAGAGUGUCGGAAUAGCUAUCACUAAGCAGUUUGGUGUAAAGAUGGAUUAUUGGAAAUCACACCGGACGCUUAUAUGUGCAAGGGAAAUCGAUGAGGGCACACCUGAGUGUGGUUUUGAACUCUUGCCUUCUUACUUAUACAUGAUAAGAAGGGCAAAUCCGAAUACAGUUACGCGUCUUCAAAUCGAUGAGCUUGGAAGAUUCAUGUAUGUGUUUCUUGCGUUUGGUGCGAGCGUUAAUGGGUUUCCUUUCAUGCGCAAAGUUGUUGUCGUCGACGGUACGUUUCUUAAUGGUAAAUAUAAAGGGACGCUACUCACAGCACUACCUCAUGAUGGUAACUUUCAGAGUUUUCCAAUAGCCUUCGCAGUGGUUGACACUGAAAAUGAUGAUUCGUGGAAUUGGUUUUUUACGCAACUAAAAGUGUUGAUUCCUGACCAGGAGGGUCUUGCGAUAAUAUCAGAUAGGCAUAACUCGAUAGGGAAAGCAAUUACAAAUGUGUAUCCGUUAGCUGCUCGUGGAAUAUGCACCUAUCAUUUGUAUAAAAACAUAUUGGGACGGUACAAAGGAAAAGAUGUAUUUCGGCUGGUGAAGAAAGCGGCGAGAUGUUUUAGAAUGUCUGACUUUGAUAUGAUUUUCGAGGAGAUUGAAGCACUUAAUCCUGAUCUCCACGGCUGGGUUAUUGUUUGA